AUGGAUCAUCCCCAACGACGACGAGUAGGAUUGUAUCUUGAAGAAUGGUUGCUGGCUGGCCAGGCGCCUGUGUAUCUAUGCACUGCUGCCGUUGAUUCAGCCUUCACACAGUCGGACAAUGUCGUUGGUCGGGCCGACGUGCUUGCGAGAUUAGAUGCGGGUUUGGGGAACAACCUUUAUGAUCAAUACAAUGAGAACCUCGAUUGGAGAUCAACCAAUGGAGAGGUGGAAGACCUGGACAUACCUAUUGCAAAUACUGAAUCCAACAACCGCUUCUCUGACGUGAGUUUGAAUGAGCUGGCGGAGAUUGUGUCCUCUUUACAACAGGGAUCUCCGGCUGGAUCGGACUUGUUGAGUUUGGCACCUUCAAUGGACUGGGAUGUUGGAAUGAGGGACAACAAGGAAGGCAAGGACAGAGGGGAAGAUGAUUGGUCCGAAUCCGGGGCCGCUGAUGGAGACAUUGACAAUGGGCAGUGGUUCCCCUUCCGAAAGAAUGAGUACUUGGUGGGCUUAAUGCUUUGGGGUCAUAUGCAUAACCUCAUGUCAACACAAGAUUAUGAGAAGGCAAAGGGCCUGAUGGGCAUGUCUGGUGUCAAAUUACCCCACUGGACCACCCUCAGUGAUGCCAAGAAAAAUAUCAGGGAAAUAAUGAACAUGGACUUGAACUACAGGACCAGCAUUUUUGACAACAAAUGUUAUUCUUUGCGGCUCAAAAAAACCCUAGCCAUGGAUCUCAGCAACCCAAUUGUUAACAAACACUUGGAAUUUUACCCUGAAGAUCCAGAAGGAGUGGACAUAUACAAGCUCAGUCAAAGCAAGAAAUGGCGUGAGGAAUUCCCUGCAGAUAUUUGUGUCCAAAUGAUUGGAAUGCGGUCAAAGCACUUUUAUAUUUUUGAACCAGUUCAAUUGGUAAAUAAAACUGUGGUCAUCCACAUUUACUUCUACACCCUCUCAGAUGGGUGUUUCUUCUCAAAAUGUGUCAUCCCCAAGCCCAGGGAAAGUACAGAUGAAAAAGGAAAGAUACAUCACCAUUUGGUCAUACCUCAAGAUUUGCCCUUCAACUCAAGUGAUUUGAUCACAGUUGACUGCACUGAAUUUUCCUUGUUGGAAUCAGAAAUUUUUAUGUCAAGAGGAAUGGCUUUAUCAAAAUGGUAUGAAUACUCAAUUUGGGGUGAGUAA